AUCAAAAUUUAUUUUAAGGUAUUGUCGUGUUUUUCAAUAUUAUCAUAACAUACUUCCAAUCCAUGUUUACUUUUUAACAAAAUGGCUGUCGAAAUUGAAUCUGCAGAGUGAGUCUAUAAUUAACACAUUAUUGUCUAUGAAAUUGUGCCAUGCUUUAAAAAAAAUACCCAAAACAGCAGCACACAAACAAAUAUCUUUAUACAAACAAUUAAUGAAUACAUUAAAAGUUAUAAAAUCAUCGACAAAUGACUAGUGAACCUUUUAUUUUAAUUAGGCUUAGUCAGUACUUAACGAUGCUUUCAAAUUGUAUAUCUUCUUUUUUUUUUCAUUGCAGUAACAAACAAGAAAAAUUAGUUUUAAAGUUUUAGCUGAUCUGACAAGUUUUGGCAAUCCUCUAAUUGUAUUAUCACCUAAAUUAAACAAAUAAUUUUUAAAUUGAUAACGUGCCACUUAAGUUUUUUUGUGUGCUAAUUUUCAGUGUCGUGCGACUUAUUGAGCAAUAUCUGAAGGAAAAUAAUUUGCUUAGAACCCUUGCAUGUCUACAGGUAAUGUAUAAUAGAAUUUAUAUCUUAAAUGUCACCAGCAUGACAAAUAAUAAACCUUUACAAAAUAAAGCUUAGCAAACCACAAACAAUAUAAAUAUUGUUGUAUCUUCUAAAUAUUGUUACUGAAUGAAAUUAAAGAACUUCAUUGACUAGUUCCAAAUUAAAAUGUAAUAUUUUAUAAUUAAGUGCACAAAUCCAUGUUUUACACACUAUGAAUUAUUUUUAAGUCUAAUAGAUUUUUUAAUACCUGUUACUUUUAGGUAUUUAAACAAUAAACUCUAAAGAAUAUCAUAAUUUUCAGGAGGAAAGUGGGAUUUCGCUUAACACUGUAGAGUCUGUAGAUAGCUUUAUCUCAGAUAUUACUGCUGGUCACUGGGAUAGUGUCCUUCAAGCUAUUCAAACACUCAAGCUGCCUGAUAAUACAUUAGUAGAUCUCUAUGGACAGGUAGGACUUGUUUUUCAUUAUUCUGAGACAAAUUUUGUAAUCCAUUGCUAGGGUAAUUAAGUUUGUACAUCAAUUUUUAAAUAACUCAAUAAAAAAGCUAUUACUUUUAUGCUUUUGUUUAGUAAAUAUUCAUGUCAAGUACCUUUCAGAUUGUGCUGGAGCUCAUUGAACUCAGAGAACUUGGGGCAGCUCGUUCCCUUCUUCGCCAGACAGACCCCAUGAUUAUGAUGAAACACAGUCAGCCCGAUAGAUAUAUUCAUCUUGAAAAUAUGUUAGCAAGGUCUUACUUUGAUCCUCGUGAGGUAAUUGUCAUUUUAAGAGAAAUAAUAUAAUUUUAUAAUUUAGAAGAUUAAAAACACACAGUUUUCAAUAUUUAUUUUUCAAAACUAAAUGAGCUCUGUGUUAAAUAUAAUAAUACAAUAAUUAAUGUUUAUUACAAUAAUUUGAAUUGAAUACUAUUGAAACAGUUAUAUGAAUUUUAAAUAUAAUUUCAAAUUUAUGAAUACCAAAAUCAUUUUUAAGGGUGAAAUUAAGAGAUAUGAAAUGCUAUUUGUUGUAAAUGUUUCCUUUGUAGGCCUACCCUGAAGGACAAACUAAGGAAAAGAGAAGGGCGGCCAUAGCCCAGGCACUGGCUGGUGAAGUCAAUGUGGUGCCACCCUCAAGAUUACUUGCUCUGCUUGGACAGUCUCUUAAAUGGCAGCAACAUCAGGGACUUCUUCCUCCAGGUAUUUGUCAGUUUUAUUUUACUAAUUUCACUUGCUGACGACGUUGAACAUUAGCUUAAGUAGAUACAUUAUAAUAAUCAGUAAAAGAACUUGCUUACAGACUUACUGAUAUACAAACAAUAUGAAUUUCAAUAUCUAAAAUAACUUCAGAAAAAUAAAUACUGGUAGUGUAAAACGAAGCUUAGAAGCCUGAACAGAAAGGGACAUGGUAUUAUACCCCUGACACUGAAUGAUAGGAAUAUUUCUGUAACGGACUAUGUUUUCACAUGUAAACAGAGAGGUAGCAUGAGUGGACAGUGAGUGUGUUCACCAGGUUUUUCCACGGGGAGAGACAAUCAAUGUGGAUUGUAUUUAUGAGAACAAAUGUGAACUCCACGUUUUUGGAGAGUAAAAUUAUGUUUUUGUCAGAGCGGUUGUUUUGCACGCUUUGCUGGUAAUGAAGUAUGAGUUGACUGAGAUAUUAGAGAGCUGAGCGUAGAGCAGUAGAGCAGUAGAGUCAGUCAUUAGCGUGAGAGCUGGGAGAUUAGACAGUUGAGCUGAGUUAUAGUAGUCUGAGGACGUGUCUUUCUUAAUGAUGGAAUACUAUAGAUAUAUAUGUGAAAUUACAUUCAUGCAAGGAUUAUUUAUUAAUAUUAUCAAUAUAAAGUGUGUUCAAUAAAGUACUGUGAGUUUUAACUAGAAUUGAGUAUUCUUCUUUACGUGCCUGAAUAAUAAGUGAAAGAAUGAAGAAGACUGAGUCGGCAUCCUGAAGCGUUAAUAUAAGUAACCAUACUACUGACAUAACCCACAGCAUAAGAAAUAACAUCCCACGCCAUGUCAGAGUAGAAGUGUGUUACAAAUGGUGUCAGAAGCGGUGUAACGACGAUGCGUUACAAAUAUUGUCAGAAGUGUCAGAACAACGAUGUAUUACAGAACAUUGAGUAACAACGAUAUAUUUUAACAGUCGAGUGAAGCAUACAUCGAACGUCAUUACGCCCGUGUAUGAGUCAAAUCUGAGAAGAGUCCACGACACACAGAGCAAGCUGACAACGAUUGAAUUUAGGUCAGUCACGGGAGUCAAAAGUUCAGAGUGCAAACAGCUAACUGGUACACUGUUUCAAUUAUAUAACAGUGGAGUGAAUAUUCUCGUGGAAGAAACAGCAAGAAAUCUAUUUUACAGUUAUUAGUCAACGAAAGAGAUGAUCCACACAAAACCAAAAGAAGUCUGAUGUCAUUACAGAUGAGAUGUUUUAUCAAGACAGCGGAAGUAAGAUUUCCCCAGCAUAAUCUUUACUUUAUACAAGCCGCACAGUUCAAGUCAAGUAAUUCUUCAAGUAAUUCUUCAAUUACUCACAAGUGCAACAGAACCGGAGAGAAAUUAGACAAUUUUCAAUUAUUGGAUUAUCACAAUUACACUAUUACGCAAGGUACUUACAUUGGAGUAUUGCAGCAAUUUGUGGUGUAACUUUUCUCAUUGGAUUAUUUUACCCAAGUACACUACCACAUAGGAUUAUCUACUACCUAGAAGGAGCAUCUACUACAUAGGAUUAUCGAUUACACAGAAAUCAGAGCGUCACAGAGGAGCAGAGGUGACCAACUACGGAUUUCUUUUAAACACUUGGUAUUUAUGUAUUUAUGUGUUAUGUAUUAUAUAUAAUUUAAGACUUUAAAAAUCUACUUAUAUCAUACUUAAUUAGAUUAAGUAAAUUUUUUACUUUUUCUGUAUAAUAUAAGUUUAAUUUUAGAGUAUACUGUAGGGACAUCCACGGUGUUAUCUUUCCUAGGGAAGUUUUUUUAUUAAAACGGUAAAGGUUUCUUCUGGCCCUAUUUAUAACACUGUAGGAUAAUUUUGUGUUAGCUGUGAAGUCUAGUUUGUACAUUGUCAUAACUGUUGUUUUUUAGUAGAUCUUGUCAUAUUUGUGCUAUUUGUCUUGUCAUUGUUAUACAUAUUGUCAACCUACUGUCAUAUUUUCUACUAUCUUGUGGUCCAUAAACUAAACAGUACUUUUGUAUUUGUUGUCUCAUUUGUAUUCAUGUAAACGUCUACAUAUCUGUAUUUAUGUUGUGAAGUAGACAAUUUAAUUAUUUUAAAUUUUUCUUACACUUAUUUAUAACUUAUAAUUCAUGUAUCAACUUGCAUUUGUGUAUACAUUCAUUAACAUGUAGAUAUAUGAAAUAUCGUAAACUAUUUUAAUUGAUAACCAAAGAAUAAGGAGAUAACUGAUAUACUGAUACAUAACAAUAUAAUUUUAGUUACUCACAUUACAAAUAAAAAUGGCAGAGUACUUAGAAUUAUUAGAAGUAGGUGAGAAGCUUGGCUUAAAGCAGGAGAAAUUAGCUGACUUCGUAACUCGUGAGAUGGACAAAAUUAGGGACAGACAGAAAGAAGACAAAGACCGACAAGACAAAGACAAAGACCGAGAAGCUAGACUGUUAGAGAGAAGCGACCUUAAACAAAUAGAAGAACUAAAAUUAAAAGGACAAAAGGAAAUAGAAGAACUUAAAUUAAGGGAACAAGAUAUGAAAAUAAGAGAGGAAGAGCUAAAACUAGAAAGAGCUAGGAUAGAAUCAGGACAGCAUACUACAUCAACAAGCAAUAGGGAAACCAACAGUGCAUACAAACCUAAAUUUAGAGAAUUUAAUGAACAUAAAGAAGAAAUUAUUAGUUAUCUGUCACAAUUUGAAGGCAUAUGUCAGUCUUACAAUUAUAGAGAAGAGACUUGGGCUAAUAUUUUAUUGAGCAGAUUAUCAGGGAAAAGCCUAAGCAUUAUUAAUUCACUUAGUGAAGAACAAAAGAAUAAUUAUACCUAUAUAAAGAAAGUUUUGUUAAAGUUCUAUGGAAACACAGAAGACAUUUAUAGAAAAAAUUUCCAUAACAUAAGACUAGAGAGAGAAGUAGAUCCUAACACCACCAUAUUCAAUAUUAGAGACAAUCUUGUCAAAUGGCUUGAAUUAACUGAAAUUGACCUAAAUGAUCCAAAAGCAUUACUGGAUAUGUUUAUCAUAGACAAAAUAUUAAGAAAUGCAUCAGUCUCUUUAUUUUCAUUCCUUAAAGAGAGAAAGAUUAAAAAUGAGCGUGAGUUAGUUGACUCAAUCACAACAUUUAAAGAUGCUCACCCCAAUGAAGAGCUAGACAAUAGAAACAGCACACUAGCCUCUAUUAGAAACACACCCAGUGAUAGGGACAGUCAAAAACAAAACACAUAUCAAAACAGAAGAUACCACAGCCUACCUGCCAGAUGGCAAAACAAUAAAUUUCAGAAAAGUCAUCAAAACAAUUACCAGACACCAUAUACUAAUUAUUCAAACAACAACAAAUGUUUCUACUGUGGCAUUCCAGGUCACAAAAAAUAUGAGUGUAGGAAAUUACAUAGAGAUUUAGGACAUUCACAACAAUACUAUCAGAGAACAUCACCCAACAGUAGUCCAAUUAGAUACAACAGUGCAAAUAGGAGUAGACAACCAUAUAAAAAUCAAAGAUAUAAUUCCAAUCAGACUAACAGUAGACAAAACACCAAACCACAUGAAACUUUAGCUAGCGCAUGUCACAGUGAAGGAAGUUUACAAUUUUUUCCUUCUUAUGUAAACAACCAGCUUGUUCAGUGUCUAAGAGACACAGGUUGUACAACAAUAGUAGUUGACAAAAAAUUGAUUGACCCUAAAGACCAUAUAUCUGAAAAAACCACAGUCAUGUUAGCAAAUAACACAAAAGUUGAAUGUUAUAAAGCAGUAGUGGACAUAGACUGUCCAUGGUUGACAGGAAAGGUAACGGCAGUACUUAUGGACAACCCAGUAUGUCAGUUAAUAAUUGGAAAUAUUAAAGAAAUUCCAGAUAAUUCCCAAGAACUAUUCUUAAAUUGGAUUGAAUCAAAAAAUUUAACCAAAGAGUAUAUAAGUGCAAUAACAAGACAACAACAUAAAACUAGUCAGACACAGCCUGAAAUAGAAGAAAAAUUAGACAUUCCAAAACAAAUAUCUAGAGAGGACAUAAUUAGAAUGCAGACAGAAGAUAGGCAAAUUCAGGACAUUAAAAACAAAAUUAAGGACAAUAACACAAUUUAUAGAGGACAUAAUUACACAAUAAAACAUAAUAUUCUAAUCAGAAAUUUUGAGAAAGGUGAAAUCAAAAAAUCUCAAAUAAUAGUACCAUUAAUACUCAGAAACAAAAUACUCAACCAUGCACAUGACAGUCCUUUGGCUGGACACAUGGGUAUAAAAAAAACAUUAGAAAGGGUCACACAGAAUUUUUAUUGGCCAGGCAUACACAAGGACAUAAAGAAACACAUAAACAAAUGCAUACCAUGUCUGACAAAAAACCCAAUACACAGUAAACACAGAGCACCCAUACAACCCACAGACAAAAUAGGUAGAAACUUUGAGAAGGUAGCUAUAGAUAUCAUUGGUCCUCUUAAUCCACCAUCAAAUAAGGGACACAAAUUUAUUUUAACCAUGAUUGAUAUGGCAUCUAGAUGGCCAGAGGCAAUUCCCCUCAAAAACAUUAAUUCAGAAACAAUUUGCAUGGCAUUAUUAGAUGUAUUUACAAGACAUGGGUUCCCUGAUAAAAUAUUGUCAGAUAAUGGAACACAGUUUACUUCCAACUUAACCAAUGCAGUUACAAAAAUGCUAGGUAUAAUACAAGUACAUUCCACAAUAUAUAGACCACAGGCUAAUGGUAUGGUAGAAAGAUGGAAUAAGACACUAAAAACUAUGUUAAACAAAACAACAAUAGACAACCCUAGAGAAUGGCACCUAUAUAUACCCAUGGUUUUAUUCGCCUAUAGAGAGAGUAUACAAGACACCACUGGGUACUCUCCAUUUGAGCUAAUGUUUGGGGCCAAUCCAAAGGGACCGUUAACUCUUUUUAAAGAAAACAUUUUAGGCCAGAAAGGCACACAACAAGACACAUUUGACAUAAUUACAAAAAUCAGAGAGAGAAUUACAUAUGGCAUAGAAAAUGCUAAAGAAAACACUGAUAGGGAGUCUAAAAGACAAAGACAUAUAAAGAAUACACAUAGAUACCUCAGAGAUCUUAAAGUACAUGAUAAAGUUUUGGUAUGGUUGCCAAACAAUAAUGGACAAAUACAAAAUCUAUCCAAUUCCAUAUGCAUUUAGGGAAGAAGUAAAGAAAGAACUAAAUCAUUUAAUACAGACCAACAAGAUUAAAAGAUCAGAUUCACCAAUAGCAUCACCCAUGGUAGUAGUAAAAAAGAAAAAUGGCCAGUGCCGUAUAUGUUGUGACUAUAGGGAGUUAAAUAAAAUCACACAAUUAGAUGCAGAACCCAUGAGGGACACCCGAGGACUACUGGAAGAAAUAGGCUCCUCCACAUUAUUCACCCACUUAGAUUUAAACAGAGGAUUCUGGCAAAUAGGCAUGCAUCCUGAUUCCAUGCCUUUGACAGCAUUUGCCACAGAGGAAGGCUUGUUCGAAUGGACAGUAAUGCCAUUUGGUCUAGUUAAUUCCACCGCAACAUUUUCUCGAUUCAUGCGAAUCAUGCUAGAAGGCAUACCAAAUGUCGUACAUUUUGUCGAUGACAUCUGCAUUCACACUAAGGAUAUGAAGACACAUUUAGAGACUAUAAAAACAGUACUAAACAAAUUAAGAGCACAUGGAGUUACAAUAGCACCAAACAAAUUAAAGUUUGCACAAGAGGACAUUGAAUUUUUAGGAUUUAAAGUCGGUAAAAACACAAUUCAGCCCACAGAACACAACAGAGGAAAAAUACUAAAUAUAAAAACACCACACACUCAGAAAGAAGUAAAAGCCAUUUUAGGUUUGUGCAAUUUUUACAGCACUUUUGUUCCAAAAUUUUCUGAUGUUACACUACCCUUAAGGAAACUAAUAAAUAAAGAUAGCAAGAAACAAAUAGUAUGGACGGAUGAAUGCGAAAAUACACUGAGAACAAUCAAAGAAAUUUUCCAAAGUGACAACAUAUUGUUAUCACCCAAUUUUAAACAGUCUUUCACUCUAGUUACAGACGCCUCCAACAUUGGAUUAGGAGCUUGCCUUAUGCAAGAAUACAAUCAUAAAUUAAGACCCAUUACCUAUUUAAGUAGAGCAUUAAGCAGAACUGAAAUUAACUACUCAACCAUUGAAAAAGAAUGCUUAGCAAUUGUGUGGGCACUUACCAAACUACAGAAAUAUCUAUUAGGCAGAAAAUUUACAUUAUUGACUGAUCACAAGCCAUUAAUGGCACUGAAUAGAAAGAAAAUAGCGAAUAGUAAAAUAAACAGAUGGUCGUUGAUACUAUUAGAUUAUCAGUAUGAGAUAAGGACAAUAAAAGGAAAAGACAAUACAGUAGCUGAUUUCCUUUCCAGACACAUUGAACAUGCAGACAAUGACAAAGACACUGACUUAAGACACAUUAGUCAGACAUUCUAAAUGAAUAUACACACAUACGUUCACUCAGUUUUUUGAUAAGACACUUGUACAUAUCAAUUUUUGUAAAUGAAUAUCAUAUUUUAACCGAUUGUAAAUUUUCUAAUGCAAAAUUUAAGAUUGUUACAUUCAUUUUGCAGUGUUUAUUAUUCAUUAAGAUGUUAAUGUCACUUCACAUUAUCAUACAUAAAGAUUUUAAGAGGUUGUCAUUGGUGAUUUUUUAAUUUUUUGCCAGGGUACAUUAUUCACUAUUAAGUGUGAUAUUAACAGUAAAAGACCCUGUAUUUCAUAAUGAUGAAAUGUUAAUGUUGUUACACUGAUUUGAUUGUUAGAUGUGGCAUUGAAAUUUUCUAAGAGACAUUAUCAUUAUUUCAACAUAUAAUGCCAAAAAUUUUGUUGCACAAAAUUUUUUCAGAUGGGUGGGGCAUGUAACGGACUAUGUUUUCACAUGUAAACAGAGAGGUAGCAUGAGUGGACAGUGAGUGUGUUCACCAGGUUUUUCCACGGGGAGAGACAAUCAAUGUGGAUUGUAUUUUUGAGAACAAAUGUGAACUCCACGUUUUUGGAGAGUAAAAUUAUGUUUUUGUCAGAGCGGUUGUUUUGCACGCUUUGCUGGUAAUAAAGUAUGAGUUGACUGAGAUAGUAGAGAGCUGAGCGCAGAGCAGUAGAGUCAGUCAGUAGCGUGAGAGCUGUGAGAUUAGACAGUUGAGCUGAGUUAUAGUAGUCUGAGGACGUGUCUUUCUUAAUGAUGGAAUACUAUAGAUAUAUAUGUGAAAUUACAUUCAUGCAAGGAUUAUUUAUUAAUAUUAUCAAUAUAAAGUGUGUUCAAUAAAGUACUGUGAGUUUUAACUAGAAUUGAGCAUUCUUCUUUACGUGCCUGAAUAAUAAGUGAAAGAAUGAAGAAGACUGAGUCGGCAUCCUGAAGCGUUAAUAUAAGUAACCAUACUACUGACAUAACCCACAGCAUAAGAAAUAACAUCCCACGCCAUGUCAGAGUAGAAGUGUGUUACAAUUUCUUUUUCUGAUCUGUUCAUCAGGCACUACCAUCGAUGUGUUCAGAGGUAAAGCAGCUGUCAAGGAGCAAGAGGAGGAGAAAUAUCCAACACAAAUGAGCAAACAAAUUAAGGUAUUAUAUAAAAAAAAUUUUUUAUUAUCAUUUAUUUUAUAUCAUUUUACGUUUAAAAAAGCACUCCAGCCCCCUAUUCAGACAAGUUACAAAAAUUAGCUAAGCCAAGACUUUCAUCUUAUGGCGCAUUAAUAAUAUUAAUAGUCAUCAAAUCUAUUCUCUCCCUAGUUUGGCCAAAAGGCCCAUGUAGAGUGUGCCAGAUUUUCUCCAGAUGGUCAAUACCUGGUCACCGGUUCAGUGGAUGGCUUUGUUGAGGUCUGGAAUUUCACAACAGGAAAAAUAAGAAAAGACUUGAGAUAUCAAGCACAGGUAAUCAAAUAUAUUCGAUUACUUAAUGCUUUUUAAUGUUGAAGCACUAGAGCUUUCACUAGAGCUUUAUGUCAUGGGUAGCUAACAAUAUGGAAAUCAAGUGGGAAAUACUUUCAAAUAUGAGGCAUAGUUUACUUGAUGGUUUAAUCUCUGUUUCAAAGUAACUUGUAAGAAAGAUUGCUUUUUUAAAAAAAUGUAUGUAUAAACUUUGUUUCAUUAUUAGCUAUUAUUCAAGUGUUAAUGUUUGUAUGAAUCAUUAGAUAUUUUUACUCGCCAUAUACAGGAAAACUUCAUGAUGAUGGAUGAAGCCAUUUUAUGCAUGAGUUUCAGUCGUGAUUCAGAAAUGUUAGCUACUGGAGCGCAGGAUGGUAAAAUUAAGGUGAGGCCUGGCUGCAUGUAUGAAAUUGAAAAAGAAUGGUAAAAGUUUGAAAUGUGAUUGCAUUCUGUAUUUUUGUUCAACUAUAAUUCAACAGAUGAGCAGUGAUUGAAACAAACAAUCAACAGACUUUAAAAUCUGAAAAAAUAAAUCAUGUCAUAGUUUCUGCUAAAGCAAAUUUUGAAAAUUCCUAGUUUGCUAGAAAGGGUGUUGUAAUAUUUUAACUUUUAUAGUUUUAAAAUUGCUAAAAUGAAGCUUCACAAGAAUAUAUUGAUAUGAGUAUUUUCAUUUGAACCCAUUUAUCCAGAGUUCAUUAUCCAUUUUGCAGGUUGUGUCAGACAGACGAUGCAUUAUUAUGUACGGACUAUCACUGUAAUAUAUAAUAAUUAUUAUUUUUUCUAUAUUUUUAUUGCCUUAGGUUUGGAAGAUUUUAACAGGCCAAUGUCUGAGGAAAUUUGACAAAGCUCAUGGCAAAGGAGUAACUUGUGUCAAUUUUGCUCGAGAUAACAGUCAACUGCUUAGUGCUUCAUUUGAUCAAACUAUCAGGUAGGGUAUAUAAUUUCAGAAGGUUUCAAAAGAAAUCUAGCAUUAUUUUAAUUACUUUAUAGUUUUAAUCCACAAAUUUUUAUUAACAAAUAUAAUUAAAAAAAAAAAUAAUAAUAGUAUAAAGUUUGUAAUACAUUUUUGUAAAGAAUAUUUUUUAAAUAGUGAUUUUUGACGUUUAAGGAACUUUUGUCAUCAGGGAUUUUAAAAAAAAAGUUUAUUGACUUAAAUUCUGUUUUUUUUCUUUUAGAAUCCAUGGAAUGAAAUCGGGAAAGACAUUAAAAGAAUUCCGAGGCCACUCAUCUUUUGUUAAUGAUGCAGUUUUCUCUCAGGAUGGUCACCACAUUCUCAGGUGUGUAACUACUUAAAUUGUUAUUCUCUCUGUCAGUGGUCUGACUUAAAGUUGAUUAGAAACAAUAAUUUAUUUUGAUCAAUUGGGAUGUUUUUUUGAAAGAGAUACUUUCGCUCUGGCACAAUAGAAAUUUGUGAAAAUGGUAAAAGGUUUGAUAUUUCAGUGCCAGUUCUGACGGGACAAUUAAAGUGUGGAGUGUGAAAACAACAGAGUGUCAGAACACAUUCAAGUCUCUGGGAGGUGUGUCAGGGGCUGAUACCACCGUGCACAGUAUUCACGUCUUACCUCGUAAUGCUGAGCAGUUCGUGGUUUGUAACAGAUCAAACACUGUCGUCAUUAUGAACUUUCAAGGACAGGUUGGUUUUUUUUCUAUCUGUAGUCAUCCUUCAUCAAAGCUUCUUAACUUAGCUAGAAACAGUGUACAUAAAAUAGCUAUGAAUAGUGUAUGUUCACAGAUAUACUAUGCAAUCACUAUUGGAAUUUACACUUACAAGAUAAAUAUUUUAAAUUAGUUUUAUGUACUUUCAGAUUGUUCGUAGUUUUUCAAGUGGUAAGAGAGAGGGGGGAGACUUUGUGUGUGCUACUUUGUCACCUCGUGGUGAAUGGAUCUACUGUGUAGGGGAGGAUAUGGUGUUGUACUGCUUCAGUGUUGGAACUGGAAAACUAGAAAGGACUUUGACGGUAAGAAUUAGUGACAACAGCCCAAUUGGUCAUUUAUGGGUUUCCUUUGAUAACACUUUAAUUUGUGAUUAAUAGGUUUUCUGCGAAAACAGCCAAAUAAAUGACAGCAGCCUGUCACUGCUUUAACCAAUUUAUCCCGACCAACACCCAAUUGCAGUUGCCUGAUACGCUGUUUACACAUUGAUGUAUAAAAAGUAAUAUUUGGGCUGAAAUGAGACAGAGGGAACUUAAUACCAAAUAUUAUUGGUCAACAUAAUAUCAAUUAAAACAUUAACAGUUUAUAGUUGGUGGUAAAUGGAUCACACAAUUAUUUUGAUGACCAAUACAUAGACUAUCAAGGAUAUAUAAUGACCAAUGCAAAGACCAUUAAAUGGUAUGUUGACCAAGAUAUAAUGUGUAUUAUGUGAUCAAUGAACUAUUAAAUAUAUAAUAAAAUUUUGACUAAUUGUGUAGACAGUUUGCAAACUCUUAAAAUUGGUCAUUAUUUCAUUUUUAACCUUUUAGGUGCAUGACAAAGAUGUCAUUGGAAUAUCCCAUCAUCCUCAUCAAAAUCUCAUUGCCACAUAUUCUGAGGAUGGUCUACUUAAACUUUGGAAGCCAUAAAUUUGUCAAUCAUUUCAGUUUUAAGAUAGCUUGACCUAUAAUUACAACAAAUUCACUACAGGUAUUUUCAUGUAUUAUUUUACCUAAAGGGAGACAAUGAAAAAAAAAUAUUAAAAAAUCCUGCCUGAUGAAAGUUUAUUUCUUUUUGCAAUGAGAGUAAGCGGACUUGAAUUGUAAGUUGACUGAAUGGAUUAUUUUAUUGUUCAGAAUGUUUGAAACGUUUUUAUUAAAGAAAAACAUGCUUAUUGAAGUUUGUCAUAAGUUUGACUGAUUAAAUUCAUGUUUGAAUUUAUAAGCUUUCAUGAUGCCUUGUUAUUUUUCAAUACAUCCAAAAGAAAUACAGAUUUAUUGAAAUAACUAGGGUUCUCAUUUAGGUCAUUUUAGUAGAAUAAAUAUCAUUUUAAUGUUGCCCAGAAAUCUCUUUGG